AAGAAAAAGAAACACAGAAAAAAAAAGGAAAAGAGGAAUGAAGAUAUUCUUUCUUUAGAAAGUAUAAGUAAAAGAACGUUUAGAGAUCGUAUUAUAUAGUAAUGAAAUGAGUAAAGGAGGUAAAGAAAGAAAAGAAAAAAAAAUAAUAUCAAGGUCUUUGUUUCGUUGUUUGGUAUUAUCACGUCAUGGAAACGUCCCAUCUAUAAGAAACUAUUCUAUGAACCUAAGCUACAUAACUUUCGAUCAUUCUUAGUUCGUCGUGCGUCGAAUCGUACACGUGUUCUCUCACCCUUGAAUUAAACCUGCUCUAGUAUCAGAGGUAUCGCUCGAUGAUACUUUGACGCGUCCCUUCGUGUCGAUAAUAAAUCGAUUAAUUGAAGAGGCAUCUACGUCGUAUUUCGAGUAUCAGUGAUACGAUCAAUCGAUCAAUCGAGUUAGAACACGAGUAGGAAAUCAAGUUAAAUUAUUUCUCCCUCUGGGAAUAAAGAUUUCCAUUCGAGUGUAGAAAUCUUCUGAAGACUUCAUUCCAGAUAGAAAAAGUCCUGGAAACCUUCCGGUGUAUAAAAUUCCAUCGACUUUUGUCUUCCUGAGCUCGACAACUCGUUCAGUUGAAACUCGGAUCACAAGGUACAAACGCGACAAGAAUUCGUAUGCGGUUUCCAUUUCUUACCUUUUUCCAGAUUCAAAAGUUUGUCUUAAGUUAACACCUGAAGUAUAAAAAUCUCGUUUGCUCACGGUGGCCAAUGGGGAAAGUGAAAAACGUUUCGGUAUAAGUUAAAGAACGAGAAUAGUGUGAAACGAGGAAGAAAGAAGGAAAAGGGAUUCUUUUUCUAGUGAAACGGCAAGAUGCCAAUUGAUUUUUAUUACUUUCCUCUGAGUCCACCUUGCCGAAUGAUUUUAUUGCUCGGCAAAGCGAUAGGUGUGCACUUCAACUUGAUAUCGAUCAAUCCAAUGAAGGGUGAACAAAUGAAGGCAGAAUUUUUAAAGAUAAAUCCGCAGCAUACUAUACCGACUAUCGACGACAAUAAUAUCGUUUUAUGGGAAAGUCGAGUAAUAAUGCAGUAUCUUGUUGAAAAAUAUGCCAAAGACGAUACGCUUUAUCCGAAGGAUCCUAAAAAACGUGGUAUCGUAGAUCAGAGGUUAUACUUUGAUAUCGGUACAUUGUACGAGAACAUUAUCAAAUGUUAUUCUCCUAUAUUCCUUGGGAUAACGGAUACGAUCGAUGAGAACAUUUUGCAAAAAGUGGAAAGAUCUUGCGAGAUAUUAAAUACAUAUUUAGAUGGCAAUGAUUUCGUUGCCGGAGAAAAUUUAACCAUUGCCGAUUUUAGCAUAUCGACGAGUAUCGUUUUCUUACAGAAUUUUGAAUUCGAUAUUGGUCGUUACGAUAAUUUGACUGCUUGGUACGAUCGAUGCAAAACCGCAAUGGAAAAAUUUGGUUUCGAGGAGAUUCAUGCAGCUGGAAAUAAAGUGUUCAACGAAGGUUAUCGCGCUAAUUUGGCAAAGUAGUUUAAUUCAGUGAAAUAGUUAAGCAGACGUAAAUAUUAAGUUUAUUUGCCAAUCGAAAUUAAACAUAAUUCCUCGUCCUCGUACAUUUAGUUGUCGCGUAUCAUAAAGAAAAAGUUAGAGAAAGAGAGAAGGAGAGAGGAAGAGAGUGAGAGAGAGAGAGAGAGAGAGAGAAAAGGAGAGAUAGACAGAAAGGGGAACUAUCGAAAGAGCAAACUUUUUUAAUAAAAGCUCAGUGCUUGUAUAAACUUCACGCAUCGUUUCUCCUUGCCAUUGAAACGCGCGGCGUUUCUCGUUGCGGAGACCGCGUGCGGAACGUUUUAAGGUCCCUAAAUUCCGUUUCUGAACAUUUCCAGUUUUAUAUUGUAUAUCGUUGGUUACUAUGGACUGAGGAAUAUUUUCAACUAGAGUUAUAAUAUCUCGAAAGAUAAUUGUAACCGUAAUAUGAUUUUUAUUUAAUAUGAGACCCGGGGAGAGGGGGAGGACAAUUUUUUUUGUAGAAUUGCAAAUUACAAAUUUCGUUGAGAUCUCAUUCGGAAAAUAAUUUUUAAUAUUUCGCCUGUAACGUAGGUCGUUUUUAGAUAUGUGUUGUAUUUCGACGAAGCAAUGAAAAAAAAAGAGAAAAAAGAAAAAACAAAGAAACAAAAAUAGAAAGAAACAAGCAGCUGACACGUGUUUUCUUACAUGUCGAGUAAGGACGUAAAGAUUUAAAGGAAUUACACGGUUCACCGAGCACGUUGAUGUUGUGUUUCUUUUUUUCGCUUUUUCCUUUCUUUUCUUUUAAUCUAAAAACGAAGAUGAAAAUCUUCUUAUCGAAAGUUCGACGUUAAAUGAAAACGUAAACGGAACGUAAACACAAAGUAAACACAAAGUAAACACAACGUAAACUCGUCAAGAACCAUCCGACUAUCGGACAAAAAAAAAACAAUGUAAACUUUUUCUCUUUACGGAUGGUAUUAACCUAAUGUUUACCUUCUGUGCUCUGUUUCUAAACAACACAAAGUUAUCUCCGACUUAUAUAAAUUCCGAGAACUUUUAGGUCAUCUUGGUGGUUAGUCUUUAGUUCGACGUCGAAGCGUUCACAUCGAUCCAUCUCGUAAUAGAAAUAUUCAGGUUCGUUGAAUCCUCUUUUAAUUAAAUAUAUUUAUCGUAGUAUACGUAUGUAUUAAUAUCUCCCUUAGUAAAGUCACUAGUAAGAUAAUAAGUAUUAUAUUUGCAUAAGUGAAAUAUAAAUUCUCUCGUGUUAUCGUGUCCAACGUGAUUAUUUUUCAUUAACGUUUCACCUUUACCCUUGGACGUACAAUUUACUUACUUGAUAACGUAAUCCUCUAAACGUGAAUUACAUCAUUUUUCUCUUUAUUCCUUGAUAAUACAUUUAGCGAGAUGAAAUAUAUUACAUAGUGUGUAUUUUGUGUCUCGAUUUAAACGAAAACGAGAACUUGUAUGCGGAGUAUGUUGCUGGACUCUCGAUGAGAUGCUUGAAAAGCAUCGCGUUACGUAAAAUCUAUUUACUGUAAACGAAUGAACGUAGAAUAGAAGAGAGAAAGCUGCUUUGGGAGUUGCUAGAGGAAUAGAAUAGAAGAAGAAGAAGAACAAGAAGAACAAGAACAAGAAGAGGAGAAGCAGGACGAUUCCGUUGACGGCGUUAAAACGUACAAAUAACGCGCGGAUUAUUCCACGCGGAUAGAUAAACGUGGUACUAGAUUAUAAACCGUGCGAAAAGUUUAUAAUAGAAUUUACUUGGGUUACUUUAGACGAUCGUCAACCUGUAAUAAUUUCACGAAAAGAACGAAGAGAAUCGAAUUUCGAAUUUAGUCGGUCGUGAUCGUCGUCCUUUUUCUUUCUUUCUUUCUUUCUUUCUUUCUUUCGUUUUUCUUUCUUCCUUUUCUUUUUUUAAUCACGCGCGCGUUCGAUAACGAACGAACGAAGGGACCAAUACUUGCCUUUACACGAUCCAUUAUAUCUUCUCUUCCAUUUCUCCUCAUUCCAUCUCAAUUUUCGUGAAAAAACGAUUCCGAAAGUUCAAUUAUUUUCGAUUGCUAUGCCAAUUACAGUAGACGAGAUCAACUCGGUAUAUCCGUGCAAUGAGCACGUUGCUGAAGGAGGAGAAGGAGGAGCAGAGAAAGAGAAGAUACAUGGAUAAAAUAGGCAUGGAAAAAAAGAAAUAUACUUCGAUCGAAAGCACGUCGAAACUAACGAUAUUUAUAAAGUUAAAACAAUCGAUAUCAUCGAAUACAUCGUUUGGUAUCGUUUAAGGGUAGACGUUUAAAUUUUAUUUCGUAUCUUUCGAUAAGAUCCGUUGGAUAUAACCUUAACUAUUUAUCUUUUUUUCUUUUCUCUUUUUUUUUUCUUUCUUUCUUUUUGUUUCUCCCUCCCUAAGAAAUAUAAUUAUCGUUCGUUCAGACAGAGACCGAAGCAAUUGCGUAACAGUCGGCAACACUCGAACUCUGCUGGUCUUCUUGCUGGAUGACGAAGCAGAAAUUCGUUUCCGACCGCUCGAAAAUCCCCGUUUCUACUUCGGGCAAGGAGGAGCCAACCAUUCCAUUCCAUUCCAUUCCAUUCCUUCCUUCCUUCCUUCCUUCCUUCCUUCCUUCCUUCCUUCCUUCCUUCCUUCCUUUUCUACGAGAUCCUGUUCAUCCUUCAGAAGUAAUAAGAUCGUACAACUUGCGCGUUUCACCGGACGUAAAACUUGUGACGAGCAUGAAAACGCUAAAAAAAGAUCUAAUUGUAAUCUUUUUCUCGUUUGGAUCAGCUUACGAUUUCCACGGAUAUAAAAGAAGGAAGGGAAGAAAUCUUCUUAAUA